AUGCAGGCGCCUCUCCGUGCCGCACGCGCCGCCCGUCGUGUACCGCAGCUUGCUCGCGCCGCUUCGACAUCGAGUGCGGCGGCUUCGGGCGCAUCCGGUCUGCGAACUACUGUAACCGUCGCGACUCUUGCAGUUGUCGGAGUCGCCGGCACUGUGUACUAUUUGGACUCGCGAGCGGCCAUACACAGAUAUAUUGUCACACCUUCUAUUCGCAUACUUCUGGACCCCGAAACCUCGCACAAAGUUGCUGUGAAAGCUCUCGCUUCUGGGCUCGGACCAAGAGACUUUGGCGUAGACGAGCCACAGCUUGUAACCGAGCUUUGGGGAAAGGAGUACUCGAACCCGCUCGGCAUUGCGGCUGGGUUCGACAAAGAGGGAGAAGCCGUUGAUGGACUCUUCAACCUUGGGUUUGCCUGGGUAGAGAUUGGCAGUGUCACCCCGAAACCUCAGCCUGGCAAUCCCAAGCCUCGCGUCUUUCACCUCCCCGAAAGCGACGCCCUCAUCAACCGCUACGGAUUCCCUUCUUCCGGUCACGCUUCAGUACUCCAGCGACUCCGCGCACGGCUUUCGCCCUUCCCCACAGCCGAGCAAGCCGCAACCGCGUCUCAGCGCCCCGGUGUCCUCCUCGCCGUGAACCUAGGCAAGAACAAGACCAGCGCGGCAGAUAGUGCCGAAGACUACGUCGCAGGCGUUCGCGCUUUCGCUCCUUUCGCAGACGUACUCGUCGUGAACGUAUCGAGCCCAAACACUCCUGGAUUGCGCGCGCUACAACGGCGCGAUGCUCUCGCUGGACUUCUGCGCGAAGUUGUAGACGCACGCGACGAGGCGGCAUUGGAUACGCCACGCAGACCGAAGCUCGUUCUCAAGAUCGCGCCCGACCUGUCCGAGCAGGAGCUGGCAGAUAUCGGCGCAGCUGUAGUCGCUACGCCCGGUGUUGACGGUGUGAUCGUCAGUAACACGACUAUACAGCGACCAUCGACGCUCAUUGGCGAUGCCAAGAGCGAAGCCGGAGGUCUGUCAGGUCCGCCAGUGAAGCCGCUCUCGCUGGCUGCAUUGAGCACACUGCGUUCGCACUUACCAGCGACGAUACCGCUCAUCGGCUGUGGCGGCAUUUCCUCAGGCGAAGACGCACUGGAGUUCGCACGGGCCGGCGCAUCAGCGGUUCAGUUGUACACGAGUAUGGGCUAUGGUGGCCCUGGUACACCGAGGCGUAUCAAAGACGAGCUUGCAGCUGCGCUCGCCGCGGAGGGCACGACAUGGCGCGCGCUCGUUGACAAGGCUGUGACCACCCAAGCGCUCAAGCCGAAGGCUGCUCCCAAGUCUAAGCCCACUCAACCAUCGAGCUUACAACAGCUGAUCAGUGAGGCAGAGGCGGCGUUGCGCAAGCUGGGCGAGGCGACGGAUGGAGAAUCUGCGCGUACUGACGUUGUGGCUGAUACGACGCUUCCUGCUACUGCUGCUGUACUGAAUCUAUAG